GUAACACGUAUGAAAGUAUAUAUCUGUCCUUGUAUCUCCCUUUAUUCAACGCAAUGAAGCGAUCGAGCGCAGCCUGAGAGAAAAAUGGUUGCUAUACUUUGUGGUCAAUUCUUGUUUAAAAAAUAUGUACGAUAAAAAUCUUUCCUGAAAGAAAAUUUAAAAAAGAAAAAAUGAACGAAGAUAUUGGGCAAUGUUAUUUUGAUAUUCUUCAUCGCAUAAGUAUUCUUUCACAAGACGAUUAUGACUUAUCCAGUAAUGAAGAAACUUCAUUGCUUACCGAAGAUGGUAUUCCGAUUCGAAAACUAUUUGUUGGAAACUUAGCACAAAGGACGUCACAUAAAGAUUUAGAAAAGCUGUUCUCCAAAUAUGGAAAAUUAGAUGGCUGCUAUCUAAAAAGGAACGUUGGCAAAAAUAAUUAUGCUUUCGUCACAUUCAAUAAUGUUGAAGAUGCUUUAAGAGCCAGAGAAGAUGGUUAUAAGAAAGCAAUUCAGUUGCAUAAUCGAGAUUUAAGGGUAAUGCCAGCAGAUGCUUGGCAUCAACCCGACAGUAUUGAAAAUAAAAAAAAAAUUGUUCCGAAAAAGAAAGAAAAAACAAUAUCCGAUGACAGUGAUGAUGUAGAACCACAUCAGUAUUACUUGGCAGAUGAAAAAGUUCCAAUUCAUCGAUUGAAUGAUGAUUGCUUAAUUCACAUAUUUCUUUAUCUUCCCAUUGUAGAUAAAGUUAAUAUAGAAAGCGUUUGUCAACGUUGGCGUGCAGUAAGUCAAGAAGCAUGGCGUGGAUUUCGUCAUUUAGAUUUAUCUCAAACAACAUGGGGAUUUGCACACACUACAAAAAGAAAAUAUGUUGAUACACCAACUUUAAGAAAAGUUUUACUUCGCUGUGGUCGUUUUUUGAAUCAUAUAGAUUUUUCCUUACCUUCUCAUCGUUUGAGUCAAAGUACAUUAACAAUUGUCAGUAAAUUUUGUCCAAAUUUGCAAACUAUCAACUUAUCAUCAUUAAAUGUAUCAUCAUCUGGUAUUCUUGCUCUAACCGCAAGUUGUUCAAAUAUAACAAAAUUGUCCUUGGGUUCUUGUACAAAUUCAUGCGAUCAUGAUUUGUUACAACUUUUUUCCAAAAAUAAGCAAUUGAAGUAUUUAAAAAUCAGUUCGAAUUGUCUGACUGGAAAAUGUCUUUUAUAUUUGCCUACAGAUUCAAUUGAGGAAAUUAUUCUCACCGAAUGCAAUGGGAUUUCACCAUGUCAUUUUUUAAAUGCUUUAAAAAAGUUUGAUAAAUUGCAUUCACUUACGUUGCAAACCUGUGUAAGUUUUAACGAUAGUGUAAUGCAAGCUCUACGAUUGCGUACAAAUAGUCUAAAGAAUUUGGAACUAAGUGGAUAUUUUCCUAUGUUAUCAUCGCAGGCCUUGCAAAAUCUUGCUGAAUUAGUAAAGUUACAAAAAUUAAAUCUUGGACAGAACAUUUCAGUUACUGAUGAUUGUUUACUUGUUGUUAGUGCCUGUUGUAAAAAUCUGAAAUAUCUUGAUAUUCAUGGUUGCCAAGCUGUUACAAAUAAGGGCCUGGCAGGAUUGGUGACAUUACCAAAACUAGAAAAAUUAAUAAUCAGUUACUUGGGAAAAGUUACGGAUCAGCAUUUAGGGAAUUUUCUGAGUUUAAAAAGUUUACAGUGCCGCGGAUGUCCGGAAAUUAAAGAUAUGGGUUUAUGUACUUUAGUGGUUAUGGCAACUCAAUUGGAAUUGCUUGAUAUUUCUGGAUGUAAUUCUGUGACAAAUAAUUGGAUUAAUUUAGCUAUAAAAUGUACUGAAAGUCGAACAAAUGGAAUAGUUUUAAAAGUUUAUGUUGGAGGUUCAGGUAUUGAUGUUAGUAAAGUUAAAGUGAUUUCACCAUUUCUUCAAAUUAUAAAUGUUGAUCUUUGUACAAAGCAUUUGAGACCAGAUUUUGAUCAUCAUUUUUUUCCCGAAGAAAGUUUAAGUUAUUCGGACGAUAGUGAGGAUGGAGAUAAUAGUUCAUUGUCAACACAAAGUUCACAAGAUCUUUAGAUAAUAAAAUUGAGUUUUGCUUUUAAAA